AUGACGGGAAAAGCAUACUUGUCGGCAACAUUGUGUCGCUGUUUCGUGGUUUUGCGAUGGUGUCUGCUCUUCAUCGGAGCAAGCUAAGCCAACGAAUUAGUAUUUUCUCAACCUCAGACUAGUAACUGAUCUUGAAUAUGCAGUUUCAGGAUGUCGCGCCCUCGUCUUAAAGUGGCCUCGAUGACCUCAUUAGGCUUAAAUUGCCGUCAUAUGUUAUCUUCAUAAUAACGCAAACAUCGGUUUAUUUAUCUCAACAAGCUUGUUGCCAGCGGCGUAGAAUUGAUGUCUGAUGCUCAAAGCAGUUCAAGCUCGCCCUUGUGGACACAAUGCAGCCACUGUCCAAGUAAAAAAUCGUUCAAAAGUCCGGAUGAAUUUUCAGACCACCUUCGACAGCAGCACUGCAGCAAGGAAGGGGGAUCAUUCGUGUGCCGCUAUGGCAAAAAUGAUGUGUGUACUUCGCUUCCCGUGGAAGGUGUGAGCGAUAAGGACUAUGAGGACCACGUUCUGAAGCACCACGUCGCUUUGCACAACGAUGUGUCAACCAGCAGCAAGCAGAACCAAGUCCAAUCGUGGACACCCCAAGUUGAGGGGGGAUCGGGAAGUGGGGACAGCAGCAAGGGUGGAGUUAGGAGCAAGCGACUCUUCCCAGAUGCCGUGACACCGCACAGACCGUGGACCAUCUACGACUGUUCCCAGAACCUCCCCGCUGUGUUGAACGACCCUCGUAAAAGUCGAAGGGAAGCGGAUCUUUUCACAAAGACAUGGGGAGACCACUUCACGGACGUCGGCAGCAUACCGCCGAGUCCACGAAUACCCGAAGUGGAUCGCUCCUUUUUUGAAUCCUAUUUGGCACAUACGGCACGACGAUUUCGGAGACUUCGUCGCCGUUCGUCGUCCGGUGCUGUAGCAGCUUCUUCCUCGGGCAAAGUUAAACCACUGCGGACAAAUUCCCGCUUCAAUGAAAGUUUGCAGCAUGACGUAUCUACGAUACCGCCGAUAUUCAUGCAACCCGAUUUUAGCUUGGAAGACCCGGAGACAUUCAACACUGUGAUACCCUGGUCAGCUUUCAAUGCUGCUGCUAGAAAUUCUAAAGAACAUAAGGGGCCAAGGCAGACAUCGCGGCUAUUGCAAGAAAGACUGACACACUACCUCGACAUCGUUGAAGUGCAGAUUGCGAAGCAGGUCUCGUUGAGAUCCAACGCCUUCUUUCAAGUCAUGACUUCGCACGAUGCUUUGUCAGACAGGAUGCUGAAGAUGCUUGAAGCUGUGUCAGAAACUAGGCUGAAGCUCGGAAGCAUAGACAACAGCCUCGUCAAUGGACCGCUCAAAGUCUUGCAGCUCAAACGGUCGCAUUCCAAUCAUGUGGCUAUUUACAACAAGCUGAGGUUGAUAGCAGCGGUCCACCAGACUCACCCCACUGUUCAACGACUGCUCUCAACCUCCGACUUUGUUGGAGCGCUCGACGUCAUUGAGACAACUCGCGAAAUUGUUGCUACGGAGUUGGUAGGCAUCCAAUGCUUAAGGCAUCUGGACUCUCAACUUAUAGAAAUUGAGAAAGCGAUUGACAAGAUGAUGACUGCGGACUUCCUGAAAUGCACGUCCCUGGACCUCAACAGACCCCUCAGCGACGGAUCACACGUUACCAGUGAGGAACAUAUGACGGCAGUUGUGUUUGGUAUGCUACGCCAAAAAGAGCACAAGUUCCUAGAGCUCUACAAGGAGGAGGCUUGUACGGCAGUUGGAGCAACUGUUAAACAAACUCUUAUCGAGUUUGUAUCAAGAAAUGACGACAUGGAAGUUAGUGGCAACGGAAAUGGACUGUUUGAGCAAGUUCGACAUUUAGAGUCAUCCAAAUGGCUCUCACUUCUUGAAGUGGUCUUCGAAAAUGUUGGUGCAAUGUUACUCAGGAUACAGGCCAUGCACAACAUAAUUAUUCAGACGGUGAACCUUGCUGCUGAAGGCGAGGCGUCGGACCAAUCUUCAGAUUACCAGAGUCAGACCGAGGUGGUCAUUGACAAGGCUACACAUGCGAGCCUCCUCAAGUCUUUGGCCGAUAUCUUGGUAUCGAUCUGCGAACAUGCCCAUGAAGGUUGUGCAAAGCUGAUCACAUGUGAAUCGAAGGACGGAUCGCUUGAUCGGCUGAGUUUCGCAAACUUUGUGGUGCUGUAUCGUUCUAUUGAAUCCUUCUCAGCAAAAUGCAAGGAGAUUUGCAAACACAUUAACACGCCCCUGCGUCUUGCACUAGUUAGCCAGGCAAACAAAUUUGUAAACAAGUUUGACGAAGAACGGAGAACAAAGUUAAAGCUCCUUUUAGAGAGUGAACAAUGGAAGCGAGUUGACAUUCCAGUAGAGUUUCAGAACAUGGUGAAUCACAUCAGUCAGAAAGGUAGUUUAGUGCUACCUCAGAAGGAACAGCUCAGAGGGGAUGGAAAGCCAAAGCCUUACCUAGAAAUCAAUUCAGAGAAAUAUGUUAUAGUUGGGAGUGCAUUGAUGAUGCUCAGCAUGAUCCUAGAAUACUGCCAGUGCGUUGAAGACGUCCCUUUCAUUGCUUCCGACCUCCUUACUAGGCUUACAGAACUUUUAAGUAAUUUCAAUUCCCGGACGUCACAGCUGGUGCUCGGAGCUGGAGCACUGCAACUUGUCGGGCGAAAAACAAUAACGGCAAACAUUUUAGCCUUAUCAGCACGAUCUCUGCAACUCCAUCUCUACUUUCUUCCGAAGCUGAAAGACCAUUUCUCGUCGCAUCUGUCGUCUCAGAUGCCUAACAUGUUGAAGCGGCUUGAAUUUUUACAAAAGGAGUAUGCUGACCAUGUGACAGAGAUCUUCAACAAGCUUGUCACAGUCGUAGACAACAUGAUCAACUCACAGCUAUCAAAUUGGGAAGUGAAAGCCCCAGUGCCGUCACCAGCGUUCAAAGCGGUUGCGAGACACCUGCAGAAGUUCCACACGGCAAUAUGCGAGGUUCUGGCCCCAAAGGACGUGAAGCAACUUCUGCAGAGAAUGCACUCUGCGUUUGCGGCACGCUUACGUGAGCGCCUUUCGAGACUGGAGGUUGCGAACGACGGUGGUCCGCAGCACGGUUUGGUGGCACAGGAAUUAACGUUCUACACGGAAAACCUCAAGACACUUGGAGUGACAGCAAAUUUCGAUGACCUCUGGGCAGCCAGGUGACACCGGUGUUGUUUCAGCUAGCGUGGACGCAGUGCCGAUCGUCGCCAAUGUAUAGUGUUUUGUAAAUUUUUACAUAAGAGUAUAAUUAAAAUGCACAUGUAUAUCUUUUAUAGCAAACAUGA